CAAAGGUACAUAAAUAUUCGCCAUGGCAAGCAAAGUAGAAGAAAUCCGAGGAUCGAUCGAGGCGUCCCUGAAGGAUGACUCGAAACCAUGGACGCAGUUCUUCAAGCUUGCCGAGGAAAAGACGAACGUUCCGCGGCUAUACAUAUUUCUGGGUGGCGUGGCCGUCGUUAUUCUGUACCUUGCCUUCGGCUAUGGAGCUCAGAUCCUCUGCAACGUGAUUGGAGUUGCGUACCCUGCCUACAUCUCGAUGAAGGCCAUUGAAACCCGCACGAAAGAGGAUGACACCAAAUGGUUAACGUACUGGGUAACGUUUGGAGUGCUUUCGGUAUUUGAGCACUUUUCCUUCUUCCUGGUCCAGAUCAUCCCGUUCUACUGGUUGCUGAAGUGCUUGUUCCACAUAUGGUGUAUGGUGCCGAUUGAAAACAAUGGUUCCACCAUCAUGUACCACAAGGUUAUUCAGCCAUACUUCAAGAAAUACGAGAAAGUUGCCGACAAUUUCAUCAGCGACACCACGGACAAGCUGAAGCAGACGGCUGGAGAAAUGAUCUCGAAAGUCAAAUCAACCUAAGCUGCAUAUCGUGUGCACUGCUCCCAAACACUCACCAACAAACAAACACACACACACACACACGUACUAAACACACAUACACAUAUAGAUAUAAAGGACCCUCCCGACCUCUUCUAAUAACAACCCCAUUCGAUGAUGGACGAUCGAACUUUGCGACACUGUUAGAGAAAAAGAAGAAAACCUGUUAGCAAAAUAUGGACGUAGUUGGGAGAUUGAGAAAGACGAAAAAUUAUAUAAGUCAUACGCCAUCGUGAAACCA